AUGGGUGGCCCAACAGGAGUCGUCGCAGCAAGUGGAAGUGAGGUCUACAAGACCCUCCGCAACAAUGUCAACUCCAAAUGGAUUCAGGAUCCUGGUCUUCGCAAACUCAACUUCGGUAUCGCCACGAUGUUCGCUUCUGCCGCAGCCAAUGGAUAUGAUGGCUCUCUCAUCAAUGGAUUGCUCGCUAUUCCCUACUUCAACCAUAACCUUGGCGAUCCCAGUUCGAGCCUCCUGGGUUUGACACUUGCUGGCAUCAGUCUCGGCGGUCUGCCCUCUUUCAUCCCUGCAUCCUAUGUCAGUGACUACAUGGGACGUCGCUUCACUGUCUUCUUGGGCUCGUUCAUUAUGCUUGCAGCAGCUGUGAUCCAAUGCGCGACAUCUGGCGUCUAUGCCUUCCUCGGUACCCGUAUCAUGCUCGGUGUCGGCUUGGGAUUCUCUCAAACGGCUGCUCCUCCUCUCACCACCGAGAUUGCUCACCCCAGACACAGAGCAAAUGUCACCAAUCUCUUCCAAGCUACCUGGUACUGGGGUGCCAUUCUGUCUGCCAGCAUUGCUCUCGGUACUUUGUUCUUGGACAACAGCUGGAGUUGGCGCAUCCCUUGUCUGCUUCAAGGUCUGUUCCCCGCCAUCCAAUGUCUCGGUCUCCUCAUUGUUCCCGAAUCUCCAAGAUGGUUGAUCUCAAAGGGUCGCGACCAGGAAGCACUCGACAUACUUGCAAAGUACCAUGCGAACGGCGACAGAACUGAUGAGCUCGUUCAAUACGAAUUCCAAGAGAUCUGCCAGGCAAUCGAGUUGGAGAAGCAGGCCGCCAAGACGACUGGAUGGUCCACCUUCUUCGCUACCAAGGGAAACCGUCAUCGCUUCCUCAUCUGCAUCUUGGUUGGCGUCAUGAUUCAAUGGGCCGGCAAUGGCAUUGUGUCGUACUACCUCGCCCCCAUUCUUAAGAGUGUUGGCAUUACUAGCUCAGUAACUCAAGCUGGUAUCAAUCUCGCUCUUCAAUUCUGGAAUGCUAGUCUGUCUUUCGCUGGCGCUCUCGCUGCUGAACGCUUUGGUCGCCGCCCUCUUUGGCUCCUUUCCGCUAGCGGAAUGCUGGCCUCUUUCAUCGUCGUCACAGCUUUGAGUGCUACCUUUGCCGAACACGGAAUCAAAGCUGCUGGAGGUGCCACAGUUGCCUUCCUGUUCAUCUUCUUCGGCUUCUACGAUAUCGCCUUCACACCUCUGUCUAUUGCUUACCCCGUCGAGAUUCUUCCUUUCCACCUCCGCUCCAAGGGUCUAUCUGCCAACCUUACCACAGUCUUUGCCGCGGGCUUCUUCAACCAAUAUGUCAACCCCAUCGCUUUGGACGCCAUUCAGUGGAAGUUUUACUUCGUCUACAUUGCAACACUGGCAGCCAUGAUCCCGACCAUCUGGUUCGUGUUUCCAGAAACAAAGGGCCGUACUUUGGAAGAGAUUGCGGUCGUGUUCGAUGGCGAGGGGGCACACAGAGAUUUUCACGUCGCCUCACCCGCCGAUGAGAAGUCGUCUGAAGACAAGGAGUGUACCACCAAUAUCGAGUAUGUCCAAAAAGCCUAA